UUGCUAGUAGCUUAAUUCCGUAUAUAUAGUUGUGUUGGAUUUUAUUAAAGAAAAACAUAGAUGCCUAAACACUCUUCGCUUACACAAAGCAAAACUGAUACGAUGCUAAAUGCCAAGUACACUUUUCAGAGCCGCCAUGUUUCACGGAAUCCCCGUCAGCACAGGGAUCGGAGGAGCUGUUCCCCCUAAGCCUGAAUUGUAUGAAGAAGUCAAACUGUAUAAGAAUGCAAGAGAGCGGGAAAAGUAUGACAACAUGGCGGAACUGUUUGCUGUGGUGAAAACGCUGCAAGCCUUGGAGAAGGCGUACAUAAAGGACUGUGUGACCCCAAAUGAGUACACGGGUGCCUGCUCCAGGUUGCUGGUACAGUACAAAGCUGCUUUCAAGCAGGUCCAGGGUUCUGAUGUGGGCACCAUUGAUGAGUUCUGCAGGAAGUACAGGCUGGACUGCCCAUUAGCUAUGGAGCGAAUCAAGGAAGAUCGGCCAAUAACCAUCAAAGACGACAAAGGCAACCUAAAUCGCUGCAUUGCUGACAUUGUCUCUCUCUUCAUCACUGUGAUGGACAAGCUACGUUUGGAGAUCCGGGCCAUGGAUGAGAUCCAGCCUGAUCUGCGGGAGCUGAUGGAGACCAUGAACAGGAUGAGCAACAUGCCGCCUGACUCGGAGACCAAGGACAAGGUCAACCUAUGGUUGACCACCCUGAGCAGCAUGUCGGCCUCCGAUGAGCUGGACGACUCCCAGGUUCGGCAGAUGCUCUUUGACUUGGAGUCGGCCUACAACGCCUUCAACCGUUUCCUGCACUCCUCAUAAACCUUAGUCAGCUCAUCCUACACACCUCUACUCCCCACCUGCCUUCAUAAGCCCCAUCCAUCUCCUACUGCACUCCUGUUUGCCGUUUUUAUAUAUCAUAGAUCAUCGCAGGUUUCUUGUUUUAUGUUUUCUCUUUCUUCUGAUUCCAAUCCUGAGAUAUUAUUCUCUUUAUUUAUUGUUCAUUCAGUUAUCCACUUCCCUCUCCCCUCCAUUUAUCCUCUUUUUUUUCCUUUUUGUGCUGGGGUCCUUACUAGUGAAUAAGAGGAGCCUCACACAAUUGCCUGUUUCUGCUCUGCUAAAUUGGUACAAGUUCAGAGCCUUUCAUUCAUCACCCUCUGUCUGGAUAGCAGUGAGUCGGGUUAACAGAAAGCCUGCAUACCAUGAGGGAACAUCUUCAUAGAAAAUCCCCGAAGAUGCACAGUGAGUCUGGCUGUAGCAGUGUUUCCCAGUGCGGUCCUCUUGGACCCACAGAGUCCACAUUUUUGCUCCCUCCCAGCUUCCUGCCAGACAGUUUGCAUUUUUACCAGCAGCUGGGAGGGAGCAAAAAUGUGGAGAGACUGGGUGUGGGUGUGAGCAUGGACUGACCAUGGGUCACAGAGGACUGGAUUAGGGAACACUGGCCUGGAGACUGAAUCUGAUGGAUUUGGAGUGACAGGCAGCUGUCCCUGUUAAAAGUUUCGGCUGCUGCUGUUUCUCAACAAGUGUCACAGAGUUGAAUCCUGUUGUUCCUACACAUGGCUGUUUUUUGUUUUUGUGCCAGAUAUUCCUGUAUGGCAGAUCGCUCUAGGAAAAAUACAUUAUUUCUGUUUAGUUGGUGAUAGGAGUUCGAAUUUCUAUUUAAAGUUUGAAAUAACAGUUGAAAAUCUUUAUGGAAAAUUAAUCUUAGAAACAGUCUCUUAAUGCUAAAACAACUAAUAUCUCAAUGUUUGAAAUGUUUUAUGCUAUACAAAUAAGCUUUGGCCUUCCUAUGGUUUAUAAGACGAAUGGGAAUAUUGACGGUGUGGCCAAAUAUCAGCCAGUGCGUUUGUCUUUCUGACAGUCUAGUGAGAUAUUUGAGGUGCCACUUUUUUAGGCAUACAUUAGAGAAGAAUAGGAAACGGGGCUCGGCUGCAGGAAGCAGGAAGUGGGUGAUGGAGAGUAACGACACCCAGAGUGCUCCUGUGUUACGUUGUCACCGUGCAGGAAUCAGACAGCAGCCUCUUACUACAAUAAGCAUUACAGCUUCACUGUUUUCCACUUAACUUUAAGCCAUUGUUUUGUUAAGUAAAUAACAUGCUUGAUAUUGUAAAUUUGUGGAGGAGUCUGGCAUUCUUUAUGUAGCUCUAUGGAGCCUGACUUGGGGUGGUACUGCGAACGGAGGCUAUGCAGAGGUGUGUCCUGUGGUUUCUGCUCCUACAAAUCAUACUCAUGUUUCUCCAACUCAGUCACAACAUUGGUUAUUGGAAGUAUUUAUUUGUUAGGUUCCUCUUUGUAAAUAUUAAUGCAACCUCUUUUUAAAAAUAAAAAUAUCUACCUCCAGAAA